GACACGUGAGUUCAGCUGUUUGGUCUUGGUCCUAGAUUGUGUUUGUCACAAUCCCUUCUGCUCAUUUGCGCUCCCAAAGCGAAAACCCAGAAAUUUACUUUGAAAAAGGAACGAAAAGAUCGAAGCUUUGAAGCCAUGAAAAACUUAAAAUGAAUAUUUAAUCUACUUCCCAUGUCGAAAUCAUUGAUUCAACGCAUUUCUCCAUUUUUAAUAGCUCGAAUCAAGCAAAACCAUCAGCUUCUAAGGUCGUCUUUUUCUUCGUCUUCUUCAGCUCUUCAUGAGGCUUCUUCUGAAUCUCCCUCUCUCGAUGCAGUUAACAUGACUGAUAAUUGCGUCAAGAGAAUGAAAGAACUGCAAGCAAGUGAAAAAUCAUCUGAGGAUAAGAUGCUCCGGCUGAGUGUGGAAACCGGAGGAUGUUCGGGGUUUCAAUAUGUGUUUGAUUUGGACGACAAAACAAACCCGGACGACAGAGUUUUUGUAAGGGAAGGAGUAACGUUGGUAGUUGAUGAUAUUUCCUAUGAUUUUGUAAAAGGAGCAACAGUAGAUUAUGUCGAGGAGUUAAUUCGUUCUGCAUUCGUGGUGACAACAAAUCCUAGUGCAGUUGGAGGGUGCAGUUGUAAAAGUUCUUUCAUGGUGAAACAGUAGAUCUUACAAGUUCAUUGCUCAUACUAUAGCGGCCAGGUUGAGAGUUUGAGUUGGCCGAAUGGAUUCACUAAAUCGAUUUUCUUACCCGAUCAUGAUAUUUAUUUGGAUGCAAACCUAAUAAGCAUGCUUAUUUCUCCUAGCUCUGUGUUAUCUGCA